AGAGCCUGGCUUCCUUUCCCAAGUCUUGGUUUCAGUGGCCAUGGGGGCUUCAAGGAGCCUCCCUGAGCAGGGGGCUCUGAUGGGACACCCCUUUUCUGCCCAGGUGAGCGCCCGACUGCAGACGAGAUGGACGAACAGAGGAGGCAGAACGUUGCCUACCAGUACCUGUGUCACCUGGAGGAAGCCAAGCGCUGGAUGGAGGCCUGUCUGGGUGAGGGGCUGCCCCCAUCCACAGAGCUGGAGGAGACUCUGCGCAAUGGGGUCCUUCUGGCCAAGCUGGGCCACUGCUUUGCCCCUGCUGUUGUCCCAGUGAAGAAGAUCUACGACCCUGAACAGACACGGUACAAGGCAGCCGGGCUUCACUUUCGGCACACGGAUAACAUCAACCACUGGCGCCAUGCCAUGAGCCACGUGGGGCUUCCCUCGAUCUUCCACCCAGAGACCACUGAUGUCUAUGACAAGAAGAACAUGCCCCGGGUGGUCUACUGCAUCCAUGCACUCAGCUUCUACCUCUUCAAGCUGGGGCUGGCUCCUCCGAUCCAGGACUUGUAUGGGAAAGUGAACUUCACAGAGGAGGAGAUCAACAACAUGAAGAGGGAGCUGGAGAAGUAUGGGCUGCAGCUGCCUGCCUUCAGCAAGAUCGGUGGCAUUUUGGCCAAUGAGCUCUCAGUGGAUGAAGCAGCAGUGCAUGCUGCAGUGCUGGCCAUCAACGAGGCGGUGGCUCGGGGGGUGGUGGCCCAGACCAUGGAGGCCCUGCACAACCCCCACGCCAUGCUGGUGGGGCUACGGGAGGAGCUGGCAGGUGUCUACCAGGAGGUGCUGCACCAGGCCAAGCUGGAGAAGGGCAGCAAUGCCAGGAACAGGUACCUGCAGGUGAUCCCCGAAGGAGAGGAUGUCUACGAUUGGUGUCUGACCCAGGCUGAAAUCCAAGGGAACAUCAACAAAGUGAACGUGCGUGGGGCUCUGGAGGAGGUGGACAAUGCCCUGGAGAGACAGGAUGUGCUGGCACUGCACCGUGCCCUGCAGGACCCCGCCCUGGCCCUGCGCCGCCUCCAGCGCGACAACCUCGAGCUCUACUUGGAGCAGCUCAGCACGGACCGGGAGGAGAAGGCACUGGAACUGGGCUACCUGGAGCUGCUGGAGCAGGAGGAGGUGCAGGCAGGGAUCCUCACAGCAAACCAGAGGGAGGAGAAGGAGCGAGCCAUGCUGCAGGCUGUGGGCCGGAUAAACGCUGCUGUCCGCCGAGGGAUGCCAGCAGAAACCUUGGAAGCACUGAUGGACCCUGCAGCCCAAUUGCCUGAUGUGCACCCCCCUGCUGCCCCCCUGUACCAGCACCAGCUGGCCCUGCUGCAGGGCCAGCACCCACGGGGCGAGCUGGCACAGGAGGAGCUGUUUGUGGCUGUGGAGAUGCUCUCAGCUGUGGCACUGGUUAACCAAGCCCUGGAUGCCAAGAACCCCAACAGGCUCUGGCGCAGCCUGGUCAGCCCUGCCCUGGGCCUCUCAGGAGUUGAGGAUACAAAUGCACAGCGGUACUUUGAUGACUUGUUGCAGCUGAAAGGCCAAUUGAGGAAAGCAGGAGCUGAGUUCCUGAGCUGGAAUGACAUUCAGGACAGCGUCAACAGCACCAAUUCAUCAGUGCAGGAUGAAAACGACCGAGUCCAUGCAGUCCGGCUGGUGAACGAGGCGCUGCUGCAGGAGGACCCUGAGAGGACACUGGCAGCACUGCUGCUGCUGGCACCUGCCCUGCCUGACAUCGCCCUUCCAACUGCCCCACGCUACCACAGUGUGCUGUCCAGGGCACGGAGGCACAAGGUCCAGGCCACGGAGGACGACGGAGCUGUUCUUUGGUGGGAAGAGAUCCAGGAAGGGGUCUGCCAGGCCAACCAGGACACAGUGGCAGCCAGGAGUAUGGCUCUGGGCAUAGCUGCCAUCAACCAGGCCAUCAAGGAAGGGAAGGCAUCACAGACACUGAGGGUGCUGUGCAACCCUGACGUGGCUCUGCGUGGGGUGGUGGACGCCUGUGCUGACACCUACCAGGAGCAGCUGGCAGCUCUGAUGGCGACCAAGAGACCAGCAGGGAGCGUGAAGCCAUCCUGGAUCCGGCACAAACUGCUGGAUGAUGCCGAGUUCUACCUGAACCUGCAGACCUUGGAGGGCAGCUGGCAGUGCCCACGCAAUGGCAGCUUCAACACCACACACCUGAGCCGGGAGGAGAUCCAGGCUUGUUGGAGGGGGUACAGACAGCGCAGAGCUUACCUGGAGAGGCUGCACUACUUCAGGCAGAAUAUUAAAGCUGUAGUUAAAAUCCAGGCUUUUGUGCGAGCGAGCAAGGCCCGUGGGGAUUACAGGAUGUUGGUCCACACCAAGAGUCCACCCUUGCCCAUUGUCCAGCGCUUCAUCCACCUGCUGGAGCAGAGCCAGCACGACUUCUGGGAGGAGUCGGAGGUGCUGCGGCUGCAGGAGGAGCUGGUGAAGAGGAUCCGUGCCUUAGGGCAGCUGGAGAGCGACCUGGACCUCAUGGACAUCAAGAUUGGGCUGCUGGUCAAGAACAGGAUCACGCUGCAGGAGGUGGUCUCCCACUGCAAGAAGCUGACCAAGAAGAACAAGGAGCAGCUGUCAGAGAUGAUGUCCCUGGACAAGCAGAAGGGGCUCAAGUCGCUCAGCAGGGAGAAGAGGCAGAAGCUGGAGGCCUAUCAGCACCUCUUCUACCUGCUGCAGACACAGCCAGUCUACCUGGCCAGGCUGAUCUUCCAGAUGCCCCAGAACAAGUCCACCAAGUUCAUGGAGUCGGUGAUCUUUACCCUUUACAACUAUGCAUCCAACCCACGGGAGGCUUAUCUGCUGCUGCAGCUCUUCAAAGUGGCUCUGCAGGAGGAGAUCAGGUCCAAGGUGGACCACGUUCACGACAUCCUGACGGGCAAUGCCACAGUGAUCAGGCUGGUGGUCAGCUUCUACCGCAACGCGCCCGGGCAGAACGCCCUGCGGCACAUCCUGGCUGCUCCAGUGCAGCAGGUGCUGCAGGACAGGACUCUCAGCAUCCACACAGACCCUGUGGACAUCUACAAGGCGUGGAUCAACCAGACUGAGUCGCAGAGUGGGCACAGAAGCAAGCUCCCAUAUGAGGUCAGUCCUGAGCAGGCUCUCAGCCACCCCGAGGUCCAAAGGCAGCUGGACAUUUCUAUCAGCAAUCUCCUGGCAAUAACAGACAAGUUUGUCUCUGCCAUCACCUCUUCUGUUGACAAGAUCCCCUAUGGGAUGCGCUACAUGGCCAAAAUCCUGAGGACAUCCUUGGUUGAGAAAUUCCCCAAGGCCCCAGCAGAGGAGGUUGAUAAGGUGGUGGGGAACCUGCUCUACUACCGCUUCCUGAACCCGGCGGUGGUGGCCCCCGACGGCUUUGACGUGGUGGCCGUGGCAGCCGGAGCCGCGCUGCGCCCCGAGCAGCGCCGCGGCCUGGGCUGCAUCGCCAGGCUGCUGCAGCGCGCCGCCGCCCGCAGGCCCUUCCAGGGGCACGGCUCCCACCUCUGCCGCCUCAACCAGUACCUGCACGACGCCCACUGCAAGUUCAGGACGUUCAUCUCUGCUGCCUGCUGCGUCCCUGAGCCUGAAGAGAGGUUUAACAUGGAUGAGUACUCAGAGAUGGUGGCAGUGGCCAAGCCAGUCGUCUACAUCACUGUGGGGGAGCUCAUUAACACACACAAGCUCCUGCUCGAGCACCAGGACUCCAUUGCACCACACCACAGUGACCCCCUGCAUGAGCUCCUGGAGGAUCUUGAUGAGCUCCCUACAGUCCAGUCCCUGGUUGGGGAGAGUGUUGCCAGCCUGGGAGAUGGUGCUGAGCAGAUGCUCUCCCAGCUCAGCAGAACAGAGAUCUCCCUCACCCUCACCAACAAGCUGAUGCCAGUGGCCAGCAGUGAGGAGAGUGACACGAGGAGCCUGCUGCUGAGCACCAAGCAGAUGCUGGUGGAUUUGAUCCAGGUCCAGCCAGGAAAUUCCCUCCCAGAAAUCCUGUGGACACCAGCCUCAGAGCAUGAGGAAGCUGCCCACGAGCUGCUGGUGCGCCGGCGGGCGCUGCAGGAUGCCCGGGGCCGUGGCUCGCUGGCGGCCAACGCGCAGCUCUGCACGCAGGAGAAGAAGCGCAGGGUCAUCCAGAACCUGCGGCGCCUGGAGAGCCUGGGGCUGCUGAGCCCUGCCAACCAGUACCAGCAGCUGCUGGAUGAGCUGGCCAAGGACAUCCGGAACCAGCGGCGGCACCGGCAGCAGCGCCGCAGGGAGCUCCUGAAGCUGAGGCAGACCCUGCAGGGCCUUGAUGCCAAGACUCUGUUUUAUGAGGAGCAAAUUGAUUAUUACAACCAGUACAUCAAGACCUGCCUUGACAACCUGGCAGCCAGCAACAAGGUCAGUGGGAAGAGCAAGAAGCUGCCAUCACUGCACUACACAGCAGCCCAGCUGUGGGAGAAGGGGGUGCUGCUGGAGAUCCAGGACCUGCCACCCAGCCAGCUCAAGAAUGUGAUUUUCGACAUCAUCCCCUGUGAGGAAUCAGGCAGGUUCCAGGUGAAAGCCAAAUUCAUGGGGAUUGACAUGGAGUGCUUCCAGCUGCACUACCAGGACCUGCUGCAGCUGCAGUAUGAGGGUGUAGCAGUCAUGAAGAUGUUUGAUAAGGCCAAGGUCAAUGUCAACCUGCUCAUUUUCCUCCUCAACAAGAAGUUCUUCAAGAAGUAACGGGGUCAGGGGUGGGGGGCAAUGUAAAGCUGCCAAAGAGACCUGAGGCUCGGGGGUCCCAGGGCAGGGAAGCUGCUGCUGGCCAUGGAGCUUUCCUGCAUGGGUGCAGUGUGCUUGAGCAUCUGCAGCCAGUGCUGCCUGAGUGGGGAACACAGGGCUCAGCCCCAGCCCUGGGCACCCCCGGCUUGGUGCUAAGCCAGAGCCCAACCUCCCUGCAGGAGGGUGCAGCUGCCAAAGCUUUUGCACCAUGUAUUACUUUUUAAAUCUAUUUUAUCUGGGUAUUUUGGCUGUUUAAUUCCUGUGUUGCCAACAGCCAGCUGCCCAAGGACACUGUUUUUCUGGACACUACAGAGGUUUUACUGAUGUAAUAAAGGUAUUCUAAUAUAUCUAUAUCUAUCUAUAUAUACAUCUAUAUGUAUGUAUAUAUUUCUUCCUCACACUAAGGCUGGGGAAAUGUCAGAAUCAGUCUUUAUAUAGAGGGCUAGGGAGAGGCCAGAACAGAGGCAAUAACUGUUUGUGGUGACACCUGUGAGCUCUUCUCUAGUAUGCUGAGGUACAAUAGGAGAAUUUUGGUUUUAAAGGUGAAUUUCACUGCUCUUCAGCCGGGCUGUGAAACAAGAGAGAGGCUCAGUGUCAGUGCUGUCCCAUGGCUGCUUUGAGGGACUGGAGCAGGGAGCACAGCUCUGGACCACACUGGUGCCUGGCAUCUGCUGUGGAACAGCCCCACAGCACCAUCUCAGGAGGGAUGGUGGUGUCUCUGUCCCCUCUUGAUUUGCUCUGGUGCUCAAUUGGUUUUCAAGUGUGGGACAAUGACUGUGUUUGGCCAUGGCUGUAUUUAAAGCACUUUCUCUCCAUGUGAGCUCCUCUUCCAGCCCCUUCCAUGGCAUGGGAAGGGAGCUGCUGGUAGUCCCAACCUCCUCCCAGCCCAUCUCCUUCAGGCACGGGAGCAGCAGGUCCCAAACCUGCUCUGCAAAGGAAGUUUUUGGGGGAUUGGAAUAGGAAUCUCCCUCUCUGCUCAAUAACUGCUGUGGGACCUUGAGGCAGCUCAGUGGUACCUGAUCUAUUGGCAUCUGUCUUGUCUUUGGAAAGUGAUGUUUGUUUGUGAGGUUUUUAAGUGUUUUUUCUUUCCCUGCUCUCAUAUAAAUGCCUCAAACUGUGCUUAUUUUAUCCCCAUCCGUGCUGGAUUCCUGCUGUGCUGCCUCUGCUUGUUUACUCUAAAUAAAGAUGUA